GAUAUUGUGACCCAAUAGCCCAAACCAGUCCAGCGCAGCUAGAAGACCCCCCUGUAAAGAAUGUGAAGAAAUGGGUUCCUUUACUGGGUGUCAGAUUGCUGCUGCUGGCAUUUGGCAGGAUAUUCCAAAUCUGGAGGAACAACCUGAGCCAGACAUUUGCUGGAUUUUGGAAAAAAAAUAUUCUGGUGGGGGUAUGCCAAACAAAUAGAGACCCUCCAGAAUCAAAUGGCUGAGAUGCAGAGGGAGAUGGGUGCCUUGCAUUCUGCUCUUCAGGCUGUGGCUCCAGUGUGGACCCUCUCCCUGCUCUCACACCACCACCACCACCUCUUCCUCCUACAUCCAACACUUUCCUGCAAUCCUACAUCCCUAAAAAAAAGAGUGGCUUCCAAUACUCAACAGGAGAAGCAGGACAUACUGGUGGCCGUGAUGCUCAGGGAUUUACAGGAUGUUAAACUGAGAAAGGUUAUUGUCAGCAGUGUGAAAUCAAAGAGAACUCCAGGGAAGAUGCAUGCCUCUCUGGUCACUGUGGCAGACCUGCAGAAUGUCCGUCUGAAACAAUCCCACUGCCAACUGCCCCCUAAACUUCUCAAACGCCUUAGCUUUGGCAGGAGUCCUGGUGGCACUCCUCUGUUUGAUAAGGAGAAUAUGGAGACGGGCACUGGCCUCACCCCCAUCAUGACUCAGGCCCUGCGACGCAAGUUCCAGAGUGCCUUACCACGAGGACUGUCUCCAAAGGCAAAGAAUCUCAACGAAAGCUUUGAUCAAAACUGAGACAUUUGUUGAUGUAUACACAGAUGUCGACCGAGACUAGUUCAAAUGUAACGGAAAGGCAGCUGCCACGAUGAAAAGUUCCAGUGUUGUAAUGAGGACGGAACGCAAGCUAUAGAUGUAACUAUUGGCACAAUGCACAUUCUCUAGCACUUUCUGGUUUCCACUGCUGAAUGGGUUAUUUCAUACUUUUUCCAUUGCUGAAUGAGUUACUAAGUGCUAGGUAGAUUGAGGAUGAAAAGAGGAAACACUUGUCUUGGACCACAAUUUUAAAAAGGACAUAAAAGUUCUAAAGGCAAGCAGUUUCUGUAAAAGCCUUGACCACCCCACUGUAUCAAACAGGUUUCUGUAAAAGCCUUGACCACCCCACUGUAUCAAACAGGUUUCUGUAAAAGCCUUGUUACUUUUUCCAAAAAGCUUCUUGCAUUAUCUUUUGAUUUAUUUAUUUUUCACAUUGAGCACAUUGUUUUUUUAAAGUACUUGAACCAAUGUUGUGUUUAUAAGAAUAUAAUAUCAUUUGUGAUUUCCUAGACAUGUUUAGGAAACACCAAAUAAAUUAACUAAAUAAAUAAAUAAAUGUACCGGUUUUGGUUGCUGGAAGGGUAAAAAGUGACACAGAAAAUGUAUCUUGUUUCUACCACA